AUGUCUAUCACCUUCAAGAACAUCAAGAUUGAUCCGGAUGAAGGGCAGCUCGAGAGUGACAUGUUCGACAAGACCGACCCGUAUAUCAGGUUCUACGUUGAUACUGAAGGGUGGGGCGGGGAGAAAGCGUGCACCUCGAAGAAGGAAAAUGAUCGGCAGCCAGACUGGGGCGACGAGGAAGUCACGCUUGACAAUCUUGGUGACACGCCACUGUCUCUCGAGAUGAAGAUCGACGUUUAUGAUGAUGAUCUGUUUGAGGACGAUGCCAUUGGUUCAGCAAUAGUCGACCUCGGCACCCUUAUGCAGGGAUCUGGAUCAAUCAGGGUGAAAGUCGACAACAACAUCUUCGCGAAGGACGUGUACGUCAUGAUGGAUUACGAAACCAGCGGUUGGGGCAACAUACCGGAUGCCCAGUCGAUCACCUUCAAGAACAUCAAGAUUGACCCGGAUGAAGGGCAGCUCGAGAGUGACAUGUUCGACAAGACUGACCCGUAUAUCAGGUUCUACGUUGAUACUGAAGGGUGGGGCGGGGAGAAAGCGUGCACCUCGAAGAAGGAAAAUGAUCGGCAGCCAGACUGGGGCGAGGAGGAAGUCACGCUUAACAAUCUUGGUGAUACUCCAGCCUCUCUCGUAAUGAAGAUCGACGUUUAUGAUGAUGAUCUGUUUGAGGACGAUGCCAUUGGCUCAGCCAUAGUCGACCUCGGCACACUCAGGCAGGGAUCCGGAAUCAUCAGGGUGAAGGUCGACAACAACAUCUUCGCGAAGGACGUGUACGUCAUGAUGGACUACGAAACUGGUGGUUGGGGGAACUGA